AUGGGGCUGGAUUUGGUCGGCUUCAGCUCUCGGGUGCUGCCAACCAGCGUCGGGUACGCCGCGGACCGGCGCCACGCCCGUGGCGGAGCCGCCGCAUCCCACGGCUUCCUCGCCUGGAGGAGCCAUCCGAGGGCAGCUCUGAAGGACGGCGCGGUUUGCUCUUCGGAGGGCGGCGGCGGCGGCGGGGCGGAGUCCACGCUGUGCGUGUCCGCUCCGUCUGAAGAUGCCAGCCGCACCGGUGGAGCGGCAGCGGAUCUUGGCCGGGACAUCGCGGACGGCAUCACCGCCAGCCAGGCGAGUUCCGCGGGGAGGAGGAAAGUGGGGAGGUCAUGGAGGAGGCCGCCGGGCGGAGACAAGCCGGCGAGGGCUCCCAGGCGCGCCCCCGUGAGAAAGGAUCCACAGGUUCGCAGAGUUCUAGUGAACGAUCCCGAUGUGAAUGCGAUUCUGUCCGGCGUCAGCCGGGAGUCCAGCAUCGAGGAGUGCAACUCCGUUCUGAUCCGCCUGGAGAAGCACAGCGAUGUGAAGGCCCUCGACUUCUUCGUGUGGAUGAAGGCCAACGGGAAGCUCGAGGGGAACGCCGACGCCUACCGGCUGGCUCUCCAGGCCACCUCCUGGAAGGAGGACUGGAGGAGGGCCGAGCUGCUGCUCCACGAGAUGGUCGUCGUCUCGGGUUGCCGGCUCGACGCCCAGGCGUUCAAUGGGCUGAUGUAUGUCUGUGCCAAGAGGAGGCUUGCUGAUUGGGGAACCAAGUGGUUUCAUAUGAUGUUGGAGAGGGAGGUGCAGCCGAAUGUGUCCACAUUUGGUAUGCUCAUGGGCCUUUACCAGAAGACUGGGAGCCUCAAGGAGGCCGAAUUCGCUUUCGCGAAAAUGAGGGAGUGCAAUGUCAACUGUGUCAAUGCUUACUCGGCUAUGAUCACUCUGUACACGCGUUCGCGCCUUUUCGAUAAGUCUGAGGAGGUUAUCAUUUUGAUGAAAGAUGAUGGGGUUGCUCCAAACCUGGAGAAUUGGUUAGUGCAGCUGAAUGCUUACAGUCAGCAGGGCAAAAUGGAAGAAGCAGAGUUGGUGUUGCAGUCCAUGGAAGAUGGUGGUGUUUCCCCAAAUGUUGUGGCGUACAAUACUGUGAUUACAGGGUAUGGAAAGGUUUCUGACAUGCAGAAGGCGAAGGAAGUGUUCCACAGACUUGAGAGUUCAGGUUUAGCUCCUGAUGAAACAACUUAUAGAUCAAUGAUAGAAGGUUUUGGCAGAGCAGAUAAACACCAAGAGGCAAUUUCGUAUUACAAGAAGCUCAAGAGUUCCGGUUUUCAACCAAACGCGUCCAAUUUUUACACAAUGAUUAACUUAAUAGCAAGACAUGAUGACAGUGAAAGCGCGGCUGAAAUUCUUAGGGACAUGAGGGCAGCAGAUUGCCAGUGUUCAUCUAUUGUUACUAUUCUUGUCCGGGCAUACGCAACAGUCGGGAGGAUGCAUAAGGUUCUACCAAUUCUGCGAUCAUGCUUCUACAAGAAGGUUUUGUAUGAUGCUACCUCAUGCUCUAUUUUAGUAACAGCGUUUGUUCAGAAUUCUUUAUUAGAAGAAGCUCUUUGUGUAUUGCGUGAAAAGAAGUGGAAAGGUUCUGAUUUCGAAGACAAUCUGUAUCAUAUCUUGAUAUGUUCCUGCAAAGAGGCUGGCAGUUAUGAAGCUGCUGUAAGGAUAUACAGCCAGAUGCCAGAGUCCCGAACUCGUCCAAAUCUCCGCAUUUGCUGCACUAUGAUUGAUGUUUUCAGCACCAUGGAGAGAUUUACUCAUGCUGAAACUUUGUACCUUGAGCUGAAGGCUUCAGCUUGUGCUCUUGACAUGAUUGCUUAUAGUGUAAUUGUGAGGAUGUAUAAUAAAGCUGGGAGACCAGAAGAUGUUUGCUCAGUUCUGGAAGAUAUGGAUAAACAAAAGGAAAUAGUUCCUGAUAAAUACCUUUUUCUUGACAUGCUUCGGACUUACCAGAAAUGCGGCCUGCUCGAGAAGUUGACUGAUACAUAUUAUCGGAUACUCAAGAGCGAGGUUGAAUGCGAUGAAGCCAUGUAUAACUGCAUUAUUAACUGCUGUGGCCCAGCGAUACCAGUCGACGAGCUCUCGAGAAUUUUCGACGAAAUGAUUCAACUAGGACACCUGGCCAGCACUGUCACCCUGAAUGUGUUGCUAGAUAUAUAUGGAAAAGCUGGGCUUUUUAACAGGGCUGAGAAGGUGUUUAGCAUGGCCCGGAAGCAAGGACUGGCAGAUACCAUAUCAUACAACACUAUCAUCGCGGCGUACGCGCAGAGCGGGAAUUUCCGCAGCAUGAAUUACUUCGUCCAAAAGAUGCAGGACGCGGGGUUUCCGGUUUCUCUCGAGGCGUACAACUGCAUGCUGAAUGCUUAUGGGAAGUCAGGCCAGCUGGAGGAGUUCUCUGCUGUUCUGCAGAAAAUGAGGAGAGCUAGAUGUGACUUCGACCACUACACUUACAACAUUAUGAUGAACAUAUAUGGGAGAAAGGGCUGGAUCGAAGGCGUCGCCUACGUUCUUUCAGAACUAAAGAGCCGCGGCAUUGAGCCAGACCUGUACAGUUACAACACAUUGAUAAAGGCUUACGGGAUAGCGGGAAUGCCCGAAGAUGCUGUCAAGCUGAUGCAGGAGAUGAGGAUCAAAGGUAUCAAUGCUGACCGAGUAACGUAUACUAACCUCAUAGCAGCUCUACAGAGGAAUGAGAAUUUCCUGGAGGCAGUCAAGUGGUCCCUCUGGAUGAAGCAAACCGGAGUUGUAGGCGUCGGAGCUCGCCCAUAA